CUACCUUUUGGUGAACUGGUGAGCACCAGCGGCCCAGUAUAUCCUGGGCUUUUUUUAUACCAGCACUGCAGUAUCACUUGGUGAAGUGGCAAGUCCCAUAAGUGCAGUACAAGCUGGUGCGGUGGCGAGCAAAAGUAGUGUCCCGCAGCCACCAAGAAUUCACACACAGGUCCAUAGAAUCCCAGGUGUCCUUCCGGACGUGCUUGCAAAUUCCCAUUGACAGCCCACUAAUUCUGCAGCACCUGUACUUCCCUCAUUCACUGCCCAACCCGGAAUUCAGGUGGAAACAGCAAAUUUAAAUACUCCACUUGAUUUUUUGGAGCUGUUUUUCACGGAAGAUCUGGAUGCAUUAAUUGUGGAUCAAAGCAAUUUAUAUGCACAACAGUUUAUUGCCGCCAACCUAGAUUCAAACCUUGCCAGACCAUUCGCAUGGAAACCCAUUACGGUCUCCCAAUUUAAAGUUAUUUUGGGCCUAACUCUCAACAUGGGCAUUACUAAAAAUAGUCAGUUGCGGUUGUAUCGGUCCACAGACCCAAUUCAUCAUGUGCCCAUGUUGCCUGCUGCCAUGGCCAGGCAUAGAUAUGAGAAGUAAAAUGCAUUUAUGCAUUUCAAUGACAACACACUCUGUCAUCGUGACACUGAACUUGACCAGCUCUACAAAAUUCAGCCCCUCAUAAAUCAAAAAUUUGCAAAUGUCUAUACUCCCCAGCAAAACAUCUUCGUUGAUGAGUCCCUCAUUAAUUUUUCUGGUCGCCUUGCAUUCAAACAAUUUAUCCCCAGCAAUCGUGCCAGAUAUGGGGUCAAAAUGUAUACGACCUGUGAGAGGUCAACAGGCUAUACAUAUAAGUUUUGGAUUUACGAGAGAAAAGAUAGUCACAUGGAGCCCCCCCAGAUGUCCAGACUACAUGGAGAGCAGUGGCAAUAUAGUUUGGGACUUGGUGUCAUCCUUUUUCAAUAUGGGGUACCACUUAUAUGUGAAAGUUUUUGUUCAAGCGUGCCACUAUUUAGACAUUUGUACAAUCUUGGA